ACGGUAAGUGCCCAAAGACUAAGUUGUUAGGCAUGUCGUCAGAUUUUUUUUCCUGCUUUAGAAUUAUGCUAUUGCGAUGCAUGGUGCAAAGUCUCUCUAGACUCUGUCCUCGCCUUGCGGCAUACCGUUCUCAUCUAUUCAGGACCCCAGCAAAGUUGAACUUCAGGCCUGUUCGGCAUCAGAUACGCCUCGAGCACACCACGAUAUCUGUUGCAGGAAGCCCCGCCGUUGACCUCCCCGACAUUGCGUACUAUCAAGCCGACUCCGGCCUCUCCGUGGGCUUCAUAGGAACGGAUAGUAACGCAACUCCCCCUCUUGACGAACUCGAGGCCGCCGGUAAAAGAGUACGUCUGAUACAUGGGGUACACCAGGAGAUAGUGGCGGCACUCAAUCGGAACGAUGUGGAUCUCGUCUCUACUCUAUGGCCGUCUCUGCGGCAGCUUCAACCUCUUGACUUCAUGAAUCGUGAAUGCACUUCCACAUAUUCGGAUCUCAUUGCGGGUCUCCAAACAGAUCACGAAUCUUCUGAGUACACCGGACUUACAGAUCUCGACGAACUGGCGGCCCUCGCAUCUGCAAAAGAUAUCCGCAGCUCUUCAGGUCUUUGGGCACGCAUGCAUCACUACUUAUCGAAGAGAAAUCCCGAUGGAGCAUUGCGCCUUUUCGACCACUUGGACAUACUACUGAUGGAACGGUCCGCCUAUGCAGUGCGUUUCCAGGGGCACAACAUCACAGAAGCAUACAAUCGUCUCGUUAAAGCAAUUGGGAUACGAACGCGACACCAUCCCCUGACCAUCUGUUACUUCUUGAUUGCACAUGCUAUGAAGGACUCGAUCACUCCCGUGCUAAAAGUCUUCACUCAGAGUUCUCUUGUCCGCACGACAUACACUGAGAUAAAGUUAUCUAUGCCAACUAUCGCAGGGGACCUAUCCUUACGCGACAAGGCGGUGGAGUUCGCCGGCCGCGCCAAUGCUGCGAGGAUGUGCUCAAUUCCCCUCGAGACUCUGCGAAAACAUGUUAAUCGAAUCAGUGGGUCCCGCUCCCUCCUGCAUCUUUGCGAUGACAUCCUCGGGGAAUGCCUGCGGAGCGACUCCCGUCUCUUCCUCAAGGGAUCUGAACCGCCCGGCUCUGAUCAGUUCUACGUCGUGAUGGAAGAGGAACACUGGGCCAUACUCAUUGGAGGACUCACACGCGCCCGCCAAUUCGACGCCGCAAAACGCAUCUGGGACGGUGUAAGCAAGCUUGUCUCACCCAUGCCAAUGUGCAUCUGGGCAGCCGCUAUCGACGGAUUCGCUUCCGUGUCGAGGUUUGACCGCGCACAAGCGACGUGGGAUGCACUGCGCUCCGUAGAGCCUACUCCGGGCGCGGUAACCUAUGCGGCCUACCUCAGCUCUUUGUUCAGCGAGGGACGCAUGCAAGACGCUAUGGCCCUCUUCGACGCUUUUCAAAAGCUCGUCGGCAAGCCAUCACACCAAGUCGAUGAUCCAGCGGUGCUAUCGGUAUACGACAUCGUGUUGAAGUGGCUUCUACGCCAGUCACAGGUCGACAAAGCGCGGCAAAUACUCGACCGCAUGAAGGCCAAAGGCCCACAUCCUGGUGCCACCUCGUUCAAUACGUUCCUCAGACACUACGCACAGAAGCGAGACACGAAGGGUAUCAAGGCCAUUUUCCAGGAGAUGAGUGUAUCGGGAGUGGUCGCUGAUACCUACACGGUCUCAGUCCUCCUGACGGCUCUCUUCCCGGUGCGCACGGAUGCCACACAGCUGGUCUUCGCACUCAUGCGUCAGAACGGUACCGAAGUUCAUCACGAUGGCGUCUGCUUGCCGCUGCUUGAGCACCUCAGUGCAGCCCAGGACGACGACGCGUUCUCCGCGGCAAUCGAUGUCCUCAGCUACAUGGAAGCGGACCCAUCCGGCAAGCUCCGCCCGACAGAGCUCGCCUACCUUACCGUUCUGUGCGGCAUCGAGCGUAGGUCGUGGACAGACCCAUCGCUAGCACGCAGCUUCCGGAAAACGGUGCUGGACAAGCUCAGAGCAUCCGGUCGCUCCUUGACGACCCGCUCGCGUGCGGUACAACAAGUAAUCGAGGCCUGUCUCGAGAACCCCCACGGGCCUUCGGGGGCGCGCCAGGCGUUUGCGUACUACAGCAUGUACAGGCGUCGCCGGUACGAAGUCAGUCCGGACGUGUACCUAGCUCUGCUCAGCCGAUUGAGGAGGAGACGUGAGUGGGAGAUAGCAGACAAGGUAGUGGCGAACGAAGAGGAUCAUGUAGCGAACCCGGCCUGUCGUCUCGAGAUCGAUUGCAUCAGGCAUCGCAUACCUCUGCAAAACGAUGCUCAAGCAGAGUUUCCGGGUGUGUAUUAACAGUCAUUCUGCGUGGGCAGCCGCUCCCAUGUCGUGGCUGCGCGCAACAAAUCAUUGAGUUGGACGCUCGCACCAAGAGCUUCUAUGGAGUUUGUAUAGAGAAUAGCGCUGGAUUAGAAAUGUAGACGCUGAAGUAACAAACGCUACUUACUAGCACUUAUCACCUUAAUAAAUGGCUCAACUCCGCUG